AUGUGCAAAAGAUGCUUCCCCUUCCUCCUGGUGAGGCUCACCUCAGUGUACAACAAGCAGAUGGCGAGCACGAAGCGGGGGCUCUUCAGCAGCCUGCAGGAGCUUGGGAGCCCCUCGGGGAAGCUCUGCCUGCUGGAGCUGAGCUGCGGCACCGGGGCCAACUUCAAGUUCUAUCUGCCUGGGUGCAGGGUGACCUGCGUUGACCCCAACCCCAACUUCGAGAAGUUCUUGAUCAAGAGCAUCGCUGAGAACCGACACGUGCAGUUUGAGCGCUUCGUGGUGGCUGCCGGGGAGAACAUGCACCCGGUGGCCGAUGGCUCCAUGGACGUGGUGGUGUGCACCCUGGUCCUGUGCUCCGUGGAGAACCAGGAGCGCAUCCUCCAGGAGGUGCGCAGGGUGCUGAGGGGUGGGGGGAAGGAAGAGUCCGAUUUUCUAAAGCUGAGGAUGGUGCAUCCCCCGUAG